GCCCAUGAGCCUCCCCAGACAACACUGACAGCACCAAACGCUGGGAGAAUUAUGGGUCCUGGAAACUCUCAUCCAGGUCUGCUGGGAACAUGACACGGCACAGCCACGUUGGCAGCCAGUUGGGCAGUGGCUCACAAAGCUCAAUGGACUUGAACCACGUGUCCCCAAGGUGUCACAGAUAUUGAACCCACUGAUUUGGAAACUGACAUCCACAUGAAACCUGCAUGCCAGGUUCACUGCUUGAUUCACCGUCACUCACACACCGAGCCUUCGGGGACGGCCUUCAACACGGGCAUGGGGAGAGCAAGGCUGGUCCUCCCUUCAAACGGAAGACCCAGCGAGAAAAGGGAACGAGCCAGUGAUGCCCGCACGGACGUGGGUGGAUCCUAGAUGCAUUUUGCUAAGGGAAAGAAGCCAGACCCAAUAAGCUACCACAGUAGGAUUCCCAUUCCUAGGCCAUUCUGGAAAAGGCCAAACCACAGGGACUGAGAAGCAGUCUGGGUGGCCAGGGGCUGACGAAUCGGGGAGAGGCUGGGUGCAUAGGGGCCACUCUGGAGACUUGGAGGAUGAAGGAGUCACUCCAGGAGGGGCUGGAGCGGUGGCCGGGAGACUCCGCACAUUGGUUUGGAACCGUGGAGGAACUGUACACCCAGAGACUGAACUGGCGUGUGUGCAAACUGAAAAAAAAAAAAUCAUUCAGAGUGAAAAGGAUCGGUCAACUCACUGUACAACUGGGCUAUUUGCAUGUCACAGAUGUGGCUUUUACUGAAACAUUUCUUCAACAGUCUCAGGCCCUGAAGAGCUCACUGCUUUUCUGGCAGCGGGAACUCUUCUACAUACUCCUGGCAUAUGCGGAGUAUAACCCGGAGGUGGGCUACCGCAGGAGCCUGAGCCACAUCGCCGCCUUGUUCCUCCUGUAUCUGCCUGAGGAGGACGCAUUCUGGGCACUGGUGCAGCUGCUGGCCAGUGAGAGGCACUCCCUGCAGGGAUUCCACAGCCCAAAUGGCGGGACAGUCCAGGGGCUCCAAGACCAUCAGGAGCAUGUGGUACCCACGUCACAACCCAAGACCAUGUGGCAUCUGGACCAGGACAUAGACGCUGGUCUAUGCGGGCAGCCUCUCUCGUUAGGCUGGCUUCUCCGGACGUUAAUAAAGAUCUCUCUCGGGCUGACCCUGCGCCUGUGGGACGUGUACCUGCUACAAGGAAAACAGGCAUUGAUGCCCAUGACCAGCAUUGCGUUCGAGGUGCAGAAGAAGCGCCUCAAGGAGACCUCCAGUUCUGGCCUGUGGGCUUGCUUUCGGAGCCGGUUGUGCCGUCACUGGGCCAGGGAUGAUGACACGGUGCUCAAGCACCUCAGGGCCUCUAUGAACAAACGAGCGAGGAAGCAAGGGGACCUGCCACCCCCAGCCAAAGCCGAGCAAGGGUCCUCGGCACCCAGGCCUGUGCCGGCUUCACGUGGCGGGAAGACCCUCUGCAAGGGGGACAGGCAGGCCCCUCCAGGCCCACCAGCCCGGUUCCAGCGGCCCAUUUGGUCAGCUUCCCCGCCACUGGCACCUCGUUCUUCCAUACCCUGUCCUGGUGGGGCUGUCCGGGAAGACACCUACCCUGUGGGCACUCAGGGUGUGCCCAGCCCGGCCCUGGCUCAGGGAGGACCUCAGGGUUCCUGGAGAUUCCUGCAGUGGAACUCCAUGCCCCGUCUCCCGACGGACCUGGACGUAGGGGGCCCUUGGUUCCCCCAUUAUGAUUUCGAACAGAGCUGCUGGGUCCGUGCCAUAUCCCAGGAGGACCAGCUGGCCACCUGCUGGCAGGCUGAACACUCUGCCGAGGGAGUGAGAUUGGCUUUCGCGGAACUGAACAAUGUGGGCAUGCACUUCCGGGCCCUGCAGUGCACCCAGCACUGAUUCCAACCAGGACACCUCCUUCGCAGCUAGGGACGAGGAGCAGUGCACUCCCACCUCAGGGCCUUAUUAUUUAGUUAAUAGGAUUGUACUCAUGUUACAUUUCUCAAUUUUUUUUAAGAGAUAAAGUCUCACGCUA